UGUGGACAUUAGCUUCAACAAACAGUUGUUGGACUUGAGUAAGCUGACGUUAGGAGAGACAACAUAAUCUUUACGUUUGAGAUACUUGAGGAACAUAUUAUAAGAAGCGGUAUUUCUUUGUUUUUAAAUAAUCAAGCAAGAGAUUGUUGCUCGACAAUGAAAAUAUUUGAUCACGAAUGAAACAAGGUCCGGAUGACGCCUGUUUUUUUCCUUGGCUAGUCGGAUGGUUGUGAUGCGAAGUGUUCACCGCAAACGACAGAUUCGGAAACUACUUUUCUUAAAAUAGAAUGAUUGACUCCGGAAAACACAUACUUUGGGUAAACAGAAAGGUGCAUGCAAUAACAGUGGCCUAGAUGUCAUUGUUGAGCAACUAUUUUAGCUAGCUAGCUUGUUUCAUGCAAAUGAAAUGGUAUCGGCUUGUGCUAGCUAGUUCACUUUUGCUAACGUAAUGGAGGCACCGUAAACGACUUGUACAGUUUUAGCUAGCUAUCAAGGUAGCUGGUCCCCUUAACUAGCUAUAUUUUCACAUCCACCUUUAAGUGGUGUUGAUCUGACAAAGAAACGUUAUUAGACUUUAAUUAAACACAUGCAUCUAUGCACUUUAUCGAUAGCUAUCUUGGUAAGCUAGUGUUACGUUAACUAGCUAGCCCAACAAGUAGCUAGCCGAUAGUAUUAUUGGAUUGAGAGACCUAGCCAUCGUUAGCUGGAGACUAACAUAACACAACACAUUGUUUAUUGGUUAGGAUAAUGUGUUUGUCAAAAUCAUUGAGGGGACUAUUGCCUUCAUAUACAGUUCUGAUCAUUUGACAUAUAUUUAGCUACCAUUCAAGUUCUCGAACAGGUGAUUGCUGUUACAUUUGUUUGAGUGUUUUUUUGUCCAUCUCAGGCUAUACAUAUUCCAAAAUGCAGGCAUAGUUUAUCAUCAAACCAACUUGCUUGGACGUUUUCAGUAACAUGCGAAAUUAUAUCUUGAAAUAGUUGUUUGUCUCUGUCUGAGCACAUCAGCAUUUUUGUCAGGAAUCAGGUUAAUACUCAAUUUUGCACAUUAUCAAAACAAAGUUCUAAGCAUUUAAAACAUUUAUAUUCGGAUUUGAAAAAUGAAAGACGCCCAUCGCAUUCAACGGCUAGACUGAACUCAAGGAAAAAAUCGGAACAUAUUUAGGGUUAGUUCUUGAAUCCCGGGAAAUUGAUAGAUUUUUAAUACAGUAAACUGACCACCAUCUUCCUUGAAAUGAAAAUAUGAAUAUCGAGGAUCAAGUUCUAGAUUUGUGCAAUGUUAAAACUAAGAAUAAUGUCGUUGACAAUGUCACCAAUAACUCGGACGAGAUUAUUCCCCGCAUCUCGGAAUUGAUGGAUGGAGACUUGGGUAAACAAGUCAUUGGCACGGAGGCCGCGGACACUUCUCUUGGCAGGCUCACUGACAACCCGCGGGGAGGAGAGGACAACCACCGGUCAAUCGAGACUUUUGAAAUCGACGAAGUAAAUGGAAAUAAGAACAACAGUGUCCCAGAUAGCCGUGCAAUAGUCAGUUCGGUUUUGGAUAUUUCCACUGACGACCAACCGUCGGUCCCCGCGUUUGCUUUUGGGGAAGGGGACUAUGGUGGGGAUAUGGACAUUGGUGUAGACCUAAGCCUGGAUGAAAGUGGCAUGUUAGAAUCGGAACCUGUAGUCCAGAGGCUGUCCCUAGCAGAGGAACCACCUUUCAGCAGUACCAAUUCAGAUUCAUCAACCCCUGGAGUUGUGACGGACAAGCAACCGGAGAAACCCUCUGAGCAGGACUCCUCACCUGUCUCUGCCGGAGAAGAGUCCCUUACUCCAGCUCCAGAUGAGGAGGAUGAUAAACACAAGCAUGGCAAGCGGGUGACUUUCCCAUCUGAUGAGGAUAUUGUCUCUGGAGCAGUGGAGCCCAAGGACCCUUGGAGACAUGCCCAGAAUGUGACUGUGGAUGAGAUCAUAACGGCAUACCGACAGGCCUGCGUGAAGCUCAACUGUAAACCCAUCCCCAAGGUUCUCAAACAGAUGCAGGAGUUGAAAGACCUGACUCAACGAAAUGAAUGCCUGGACCUUAAGGGUGAGAAACUGGACUACAAAGCGUGUGAGUCUCUGGAGGAGGUGUUCAAGAGGGUCCAGUUUAAAGUCGUGGACCUGGAGCAGACUAACCUGGAUGAAGAUGGCGCGUCGGCUCUCUUCGACAUGAUUGAGUACUAUGAAUCUGCCACACACCUCAACAUCUCCUUCAACAAGCACAUCGGCACCCGAGGCUGGCAAUCCGCGGCCCACAUGAUGCGGAAGACGAGCUCUCUGCAGUACCUGGAUGCCCGCCACACACCCCUGCUGGACCACUCUGCCCCGUUCGUGGCGCGGGCGCUCCGCAUCAGCGGCAGCCUGGCGGUGCUGCACCUGGAGAACGCAGGGUUGUCCGGACGGCCACUGAUGCUGCUGGCUACGGCCCUGAAGAUGAACAUGAACCUGCGGGAGCUGUACUUGGCUGACAACAAGCUGAACGGCCUGCAGGACUCGGCGCAGCUGGGAAACCUGCUCAAGUUCAACUACAACAUCCAGAUCCUGGACCUCCGCAACAAUCACAUCAUGGACUCCGGUCUGGCCUACGUCUGUGAAGGUCUGAAGGAGCAGAGGAAAGGCCUGGUCACUCUGGUGCUCUGGAACAACCAGCUGUCUCACAACGGCAUGGGCUACCUGGCGGCAGCUCUGCCCUGCACCCAGAGUCUGGAGACCCUGAAUCUGGGCCAUAACUCUGUGGGGAAUGAGGGGGUCCAUAAACUGAAGGAUGGUCUGAUCACCAACCGCUCAGUGCUUAGGCUGGGCUUGGCCUCAACCAAACUCUCAUGCGAGGGUGCCGUGGCUGUGGCGGAGUUCAUCGCUGAGAGCCCUAGGCUACUGCGUCUGGACCUGAGGGAGAACGAGAUCAAGACGGGGGGCCUCAUGGCCCUCUCCCUGGCCCUUAAAGUCAACACGUCCCUCCUCCGCCUGGACCUGGACCGAGAGCCCAAGAAAGAGACCGUGAAGAGCUUCAUCGACACACAACGCGCCCUGCUGGCGGAGAUCCAGAACGGCUGCAAGCAGAACUUCAUCCUGGCCAAGGAGAAGGAGGAGACGGAGCAGAUGAUGCGCCAGUCGGCGUCCAUGGCCGAGAUCGCCACCGAGGACGAGGCCGCGGAGGAGGAGGAGGAGGAGGAGGGAGCGGCUUCUGGAAAGCAGGUUGAAAAAGUGCGGAAAGACAGUGAUUGUGACCAAGAGGGAGGAGUGAAAGGCACCGAGGGCCAGACUGACAGCCAAUCAUCCGCGAGCUGUGUUGGAGGGGCAUCGUCUUUACCCUUGGAGUCGGACUCCGACACGGAGGAUGAGGAGGAUCGGGUGGAUCUCCCUGUAGCUCCCUCCACCUCCUCUGCCCCCAAACUCACUGGUCCUUCAGUCCGGGCUGUGACUACCCAGCAUCCUCUCAGUGCCUCACACAUACCCCCCUCUCCCUCGGCCCCGCCCUCUCCGGGGGCUGUCAUUUCAGGGAUCACCGUCUCCACAGGGGCGCCCGGUACCCCCCCCCUGCCGGGCCGCUGUAUCUCGGUGUCGAGCCCUGGGCGGGGCCACAAGAUCUUCAUGGUCACCAGGGUGGAGAGUCCCCCUGACCAGCAGCAGAUCCUUGGGAACACUGGCACGGCGCUGUCCCACGCCCCCCAGGUGCCGGUGGUGUCACUGUUGAGGGAGACCCCCCAGCCUCCCUCACACCCCCUGCAGGAGGAGGUACGAAUAGCGCCGACCACGCCCGCAACUCGUGACGAACCCCGGACAACAGACCGCAACGGGACGGGGCGGAGUCCCGCUCCACCUUCUCAACUCCUCUCACAGCCCCACCCGGAGAGUCCCAGUAGCCCGCCCGAGACCCUGGCCCCCCUCCCAAACCCGCCCACGGUGGAGCUAGUGCACAGUGCCCCAGAGACUAAACAGUCUGUGCUAACAGAGCAGAGCCCGGUCACUGCAGCCCUGUCCCCAAACGCACCAAUAGGAGUAGGGCCGACACAACCCCUAGCACCCCCCUGCCAGAUGGAGGAGGUGACUGCCGAAGCACAGUGCCUACAGUCUCCUGGGGAGCAACAGUCCACCAAAGACGUGGCGGAAAGGGAGGAGUCGGGAAAGGGUUUGGAAACAGAGGAGUGUCCGGGUCCACCGGCAGAAUCUCCAACCACCACAGAGGAAGAUGGAACACAGUCAGAACAGCUUCCACAGCAGCAACCAAGUCAGAAACGGGCUAGCGGGGUCGCGCCGCAGCCGCUAAUGCCUCCGCUAGCUACGCAAAUUAGCACCACGCUCCCGGCAGCAGUGCUCCCGUCACAGCCUGACUCUGAGCUUCUGUCCCCACACCAGGAGCUGUCAGACCCCCAGACACAGCAGCAGGUGGCGCCAGUGAGUCAGUCAGAUCAGGGAGUCCUGGAGAGUGUAGCAGUGGGACAGGACGGCGAGCGGGGUCGCGAGGACCAAACAGCACCUAUGUCAGCUUGCUUGGAGCAGCGACCAGAACAGGAACUAUAUCUGUCUGAGGAGAAUCAGCAGAAUCCAGCAGAGCAGGCUCUUCCUGUGAUAUUGGAACAGCAGCCAGAAAAGAGGCCACACAAUCUGGUUCCAGGCGACCGGCAACAAGGGGGCCAAUCGCAGACCGCCCGCCCCACAGAGCCUUCACCGGUUACUGACCAAACAGACAUUUUCCUGGAGGAGGAGGGCCAGAACUCCCCUUCCGAGACCAAGGAGUCCCCGGACGAGAGCUCCACGGAUGAGGGGGACAGCGUAGAGGAUGAGGUGGAGGUGGUGGGAUCGGCCCUGCCCAACGGCUUGAAGCCAGAGUUUGCCCUUCACUUGCUGGAACCCCAGGGCCCCAAGUCAGGGAGCUGUGUGAUGGAGCAUGUGACUGCAGAGCUGAGCUGUGAGCAGGACCUGGAAGAGCUGUUGCUGGAGGCCAGCCUAGAGACGGGGAGAGAUGCCCCAUAAAGCUGUUAUGUGGCUCUGUGGGGAACACAGGAUUCCUAAUGUCUGUGUCUUGGUGACUCGACUUGUUGCUCCUACAAUCUUUUGUUGUUGUCGCUCCCACGAACUCGCCACCACCGCCUCUCCAGGAAGAAUGAAGACCUGUUAGAAUCGAAACACCUAGAAAUCAAGAAAAAUCAACAAAAAAAGACCAAGACAUUUUAGAAAAAGACAGAAAGCUAUUGUCAUUGAACUUCAUCAGAGCAUAUAUGGAAUUCACUACUACUUCAAACAAAACAUCCACACAACACACACAACACUAUAUUGUAAACAGCGUUAAACACAGAUGAAUGGAAAUUCACUCUAUCCUUUUGCCUAUCACUACAUUCCAUCAAUCAGGAAACCACUCUCACACAGGCACCAAGAAGUUAUAGAAGGGGGGCGGAGACAAACUAGAGAGGAGGAGGAGGGGUUAAUUACUUAUCCAACCAAAGACACAGGACAAGCCCCACCCCUGGCUCCUCCCCCCAUGUGUUCUUGUUAGUGUCUUGUGCGUGCAUACAUGGGCACACAACCUUACUACUGCCCCCUGGUGGAGGAAAGAAUGAACAGCUUUGUGUGACUGUUGGACCCGGAAAAGUGGACCCUCUGCUUGCAUUUACUGUGUGCAGAACACUUCUUUGGCAACGACAGUUGGUCACAGAGGGUUUUAUAACCAAGGAAUGUGUCCCAGGGGAAGGCAUUUGUUUUGUGUGUAUUUUGUGUGUUGCAGUUCUAUCUGUCCCCCCCACCUCUUAAGGCAUCUCUGCCAAAGUGACCGCUUUCUUUUCUGUUCUGUUCACUUUGGCUCCCUCAGGAAUCUCCAGCGACGCUCUGGGACACCCACCACCAUCUGUUAUCUGCCAAAAAAACACUCUGUCCCAAAUCAUUUUGGGUUUCCUUUGAGAAUCAGAUAGCGGAGUUACUCUAAUCUCAAGCCUUCUGGAAACCUUGGUGAAUGUUGGCUAUCAAAAAGUCUGCCUUGGCGGAAUAAUGCCGUUCAUUUCAGAGAAAGUCAACCCAUUUUCUUUUCUUAAUUUUUUUGCCACCGGACAGUUUUAUCACAGACAUAUUCCAGAUGGAAUUACCCGUUUGUCCUAUCAGUGAUUAAAUGUAGUGUGAAACUCAAUAGGAGUAUAAAGAAAAAGCGGUUCUGUUUUUGUCUUUUUCCUCUUUCAGGUCCUUCCUCUUUCUUUCACUCUUCCACUGGUACAAUACUGUGCCAUGUUUCUUUCCAGCUUUAUGCCUUUGACUAGGUAGAAUUUCAUUCUCUGUUUUGCUGCUUUGAGAAAUCACUUGUUUGUAUUUAUUUUAUAGUUAUAUGAGCCUUACUUUGUGUGAUUUAUUUCCCCCUUCCCCUCUUUUUGUUUUCCUUCAUGGGGUUUGCUUUUAAAGAUUUCCCCCCUUUGGUGUAUAUUUCUGAUUCAAAUUAGAGCAAUUAUUAAGUUUAAGUUUUUUUUUUUUUUUUUUUUGUGGGGUCGGGAUAUGGGGUUAAUAAAACUGACGGGUGAAGGGGUGGACCUUUACGGCGAAUGGGAGGGGUAGAGUGCAGUUCUAAGAAAUAAAAGGAUGUUUUCCUUAGGAGAGGCAAUGUGAGUGGUGGUUUACACACUGACUGAAAGAAUGUCCAGUGUGGACCUCCGAUUUAAAACACUACACUGCUAUGUUAGGCUAUGGCCACCUGGGGGCGCUGUGGGCAGUAGGUGUUUUCAUUUCUACAUAAGGUGGGUGUUGUGAAAAUGGGACAAUUAGCAAAAUGGGACAUUUAAGCUUUUUAACAGAGAUCUUUGCACAUGUCCCAUUUUAACAAUAGUUUAAAAAUCCUAUUUGUGCCCUACUCAUCCUCGUUAUGUUAUUCAACAACAGCUACCGCUAAUAACUCUCUUCAGCCAGGCCGGACAUUGAUGUGAACACACAUCAGUGUGUCAAAGUUUUGGGUGGACAGCGGUUCCCUCGGUGGUUCCAUCUGGUUCCACACCAACACACAAGGUUUCAUGUGGGGCUGAAUGCUAUGAACCACUGGGCCAGCUUCCUGUGGUCCAAGUCAACCAGAACUGGUACCUAGAUUUCUGAAUGAGGCUAAAUAAAGGUGCUUUCUUACAGUCCAAGAUGAGUACAGGUUUGUCUCACCCCAGGAUCACCUGGGGGAUGGUUUUCAAAACGUUAUACACCUGGAUUUUGCCUAUCUAAUGGUAUUAAAUGUAUAGAAAAAUGAUUAAUAGAACAGACUAAUCAUUGAUAUUAAUGCGGACUCCUGUUCUAUUCAUUCAUAUAUCCCUAUCUGAUCGGUAUGACCCGGGUGUUCAAGUUUUGAAAGAAUUCAAUAGGCAUUGGUUGAAUUGAGCUUCUUUGUCUAAAUCCCUGUAUUGGGUCUCCAAGGUCAACCAAUUGUUUUUCAGUCCAAAUCAACAUUGCUGUGCUGCACCCCGCUAUUUGUAAUGCUUUAAUUUUUAGUCUUUUUAAUUUUUGUGUUAAAUUAAUCAAAAUGUGCUGGUAAUCACAGAUGUAUGGCAAUUUUUUUGUUCCUUUCUCUCAAAUAAAUGCAUGUAAUGAC